ACGUCUCUAGUUUCGCAGGUUUAAAAAGAAACAUGGUAACACUUGAAUUAAGACAGUUUCUCUCUCCCCCGCUUUCUCUCUCCGAAAUCUAUGUAGACAUGUAAUCUCCAUGUGAAACCUUCUCCGGAAGAACCCUAUUGGAUUCUUGUGUUUGACAUAGGGAUACAUGUACAUGCAUAUUCAUAUACAAACAUACAUAUAUUUUUGGGUUGGGGAUGGUUAGAAAUGGGUCGAGACGGUCACAUCGUUCCGGCGGAUCCGCAGUCGGGUUUGAAGAAGAAGGCGGCCGGGUCGAGGAAUUGGAUUCUCAUGGACUCUUACGGCGGCGAGGGAACGAUGUUAGAUGUCGACAAGUACGCUAUUAUGCACCGCGUUCAGAUUCACGCUCGCGAUCUUCGCAUUCUCGAUCCCCUAUUGUCCUAUCCUUCAACUAUAUUGGGCCGCGAAAAGGCCAUCGUUCUCAAUUUGGAGCAUAUCAAAGCGAUUAUUACUGCAGACGAGGUGCUGCUUCGAGAUCCAUUGGAUGAUAAUGUUAUUCCUGUUGUUGAGGAACUCCGAAGGAGAUUGCCCCCAGCAAAUUCCAUGCGAGAUGGUCAAGGAGAUGGAAAGGAGUUGGUUGGACAACAUGAUCCUGAGGCUGGAGAAGAAGAUGAAUCUCCAUUUGAAUUCCGGGCCUUGGAGGUUGCCUUGGAAGCCAUCUGCAGUUUUCUUGCUGCACGUACAACAGAAUUGGAGACUGCUGCUUAUCCUGCUUUAGAUGAGCUUACCUCUAAGAUUAGUAGCCGUAACUUGGAUCGGGUUCGUAAAUUGAAAAGUGCAAUGACGAGGUUGACUGCUCGUGUUCAAAAGGUGAGGGAUGAGCUUGAACAACUUCUGGAUGAUGAUGACGAUAUGGCUGAUCUUUACUUGUCAAGAAAGAUGACUGGAGCACUUUCACCUGUAAGUGGCUCGGGUCCGCCCAUUUGUUUUCCUUCCUCGCCUACCAUAGGCUCGAAGAUAUCCAAAGCAAGUAGGGCAAGUGUGGUAACAGUUCGUGGAGAUGAGAAUGAUGUUGAAGAGCUUGAAAUGUUACUUGAGGCUUACUUUAUGCAAAUUGAUGGAACCUUGAACAAAUUAACUACGCUACGUGAAUAUAUUGAUGACACAGAGGAUUAUAUUAACAUUCAGCUUGACAAUCAUCGUAAUCAACUGAUUCAGUUGGAGCUUUUUCUUAGUUCAGGAACUGUCAGUUUGUCCAUCUAUUCUUUGGUGGCUGGAAUUUUCGGUAUGAACAUACCAUAUACUUGGAAUGACAAUCAUGGAUACAUGUUUAAAUGGGUGGUCAUUGUCGCAGGGAUAUCCUGUUCCAUCCUUUUCAUACUUAUUGUCUCCUAUGCUCGCUACAAGGGUCUUGUUGGAUCUUAAAAUUCAUGACGAAGUAGGUCCUGUCAGGAGAACGAGAUUGAACUCUGGCACAUUUUUAUUUUUAUUUUCAUAAACGAAUUGAGGUUGCUGAAUGUCUCAUAAGAGGUCACUGAAUCUUUCAUAACUGGUUGAGUUCAGUCUCCCUCCCUGGAAUUUCAGAAUGGAGAGAAAAAAACAACUAUUGAUCAAGAUCCAAAGACUAUAAAAAUUUUAAAACCUGGUUAACCCAUUUUGGGUAACUACAGAGCUAAUUGUAAAAUUAUAAUUUUUUUUUUUUUUUUUUUUUUUUUUUU